CGGGCAAGCUGCUGUUAGCCUUUACUAGCUUAAUAUAUCAUUUUAUACACAAACAAGAGAUGGCGCUCUGUAUAUGGAGUUCACGAAUAAUAAUGUCCUACAAAUAGUCAGCGACGUCCCCUGAUAAGGUAAAAAAAAAUCCCGACGCACCGACAUAUCAAAGUUUCGUGUGACUAUGGACGCAACCUGCAGUGCUUCUGCGGCUCCGGCCGGUCUGACGGUCCAGGUGUGUUUCCCUGGUGCUCGAGCUGCUGUUCUGGACAAUCUCAACCGGCAGCGGGAGGAGGGCCGGCUGUGCGACCUCUCCAUCCAGGUGCAAGGUCAAGUGUUCAGGGCCCACCGGUGUGUGCUCGCUGCAUCCUCGCCAUACUUCCAUGACCAGGUGUUACUGAAGAAUGUCACGACUGUUUCCCUCCCCUCAGUCAUGGACCCGUUGGCCUUUGAGAGUGUCCUGAGUUCUGCCUACACAGGCCAACUGAGCAUUGUGCAUGAUGACAUUGUCAACUAUGUCACUGUAGCCAGUUUCCUUCAGAUGUGGCACAUUGUGGACAAAUGCACGGAGAUCUUGAAGAGACCCCGGCCCUCAGUAGAGGUCACCCCCGGAGAGGCGACUGCAGCCAACCAGGGCACUGCGUCAAGACAGCAGUCCCCGAGCAGCACCGACUGCUUAAAUCUGGAAAGGGAGGGAAGACGGAGGGAGAGGAAGCCCGACACCUUGCCUCCCUUAGCUACAUGGAGACGCCCGCAACAGUUCCCUAGGUGGGGGCGUCCACGUCCCUCAUCAGCCCAGCACUUAGCGGACACUCAGCUCGACGUGCUCCCCAGCUACACGGAGAGUGAUUACACCAGCUCUGAGGAGGCAUGGAUAUCAAGCCAUGCCAAAACUAGCCACUUUGCACAUGAUGGAUCCGGACACAAUAGCCGGCACCACGGGGGGUUCCCUAGUGGUGAGACAUUAAAGCAGAAAGUCAGGUUUCAGCAGAGGGGUACGACGCCGAAUGCUGAUAGACAGCUUGAUAAGAACAGAGGGAAUGGGGACAAUGAUGAGACACAUGAGAAGAGGAGGAACGAGAAGAGAGAGAUCGAGGCGGAUGAAGGAGUGGGAGAGGAGGCGGUGGAGAAGAAGGAAGGCUUCGCACAAAUGGGACACUGUGCAGACUUCCACCAAGUAUCAAAUGAGAAUGCGGAGGCCGGACAAGCCACAGGGAAGACGAGUGCCGAUGUGCUAAAGGAAAAAGUGCAGAGAGAUCUGGCAGGAAGUGAUCACUCCUCAGAUCUGCCCUCCGGCGUUCACGCCUGUCAAACAGGUGAGGGAGCUCUGGGCCCGUCCUGUCCGGUGUCAGCCCGGCAGCAGUGGCAGUCGGGCCCCUGGUCUCAGCAGGAGCAGAGGCCGCAGGAAGGAGAGGGCGGGAGCUGCAGUAAAGACGAGGAUGAGGAUGAGGAGGAAGAGGAUGUGGACUUUGAAUGUUUCACAGAGGGGACCUUCAGCAGAGACACGUAUGAUGAGAUUGAAGAUGGCACAGGACAGGUUUCCCAGAGGCCGUUGGUCCCUGUGUCUCCAGACUUCACAAUGGCGGGCUCCGAGGUGCACUGGCCCUCCACCAGUGUGGGACAGGCUGGCUCAUUGACCCCCACCUCCAGUCGCCACUUGUCCCCAUCCUCUGCUGCUUUCCCACCCGCCUCUUCACCCCCAACCCCGUCUUCGUCAUCCUCAGUCUCGCUCGCCGGCGCCCCCUACACGGGGAAAGUCCACUUUUGCCAUUGCGGCAAAGCCUACACCCUGAAGAGUAUGCGAGACCGUCACGUGAAGAUGCAGCACCUCAACCUGCGGCCGUUCGGCUGUCCUGUUUGCACAAAGUCUUUCAAGAUGAAGCACCAUCUAACCAAGCACCUUAAAACCCACGGGGGGCUGCGGCCCUACGAGUGCGGCCUGUGUGGGAAGAAAGUCAUUUGGAGGGACAGUUUCCUCAGGCAUCAGGCACGGUGUGAAAGACUUGCUUCCAGCUCCUCAGCUAACAGCAACAACACUAACACAGCAGCAGCAGGAGAUAUGGACGACAGCUUCAGUUAUGGAUUUGACGAAGGGGAAGCUUUUCUAGCAACAGGAGGACAGGUGAAGGUGGAGGAGGUGGAUUUUCAUGGGGAGAUGGAGGAUGGGAUGAGGGGGCUGUUGGGAAGCGUUUCUGGGAUUGUGGAUGAACUCAGAUCACAGUCACAAAAUUUGGACAGUGGCAGUCAUGUUUUUAAAGAGGAGGCGAGUGAAAGCUUUAGUGGAAAUUAAAUAUUAAAGUGAUAGUUGGGGUCAUUUGGUGUGGGGUUGUAUGAUGUAGACAUUUAUAGUCAGUCUUACCUGCAGUAGAUUGAGUUUAGAGGAGCAGAGCGAUGUGCUGCUGUGA